AAUUAUCUUGUUCAUCCUCCUCUUUCUCUUCUCUCCUUCUCAACCUUCCAUUCCUGCUCCUCUUCUUAUUUCUAUUCCUCCUCAUUCUCCUACUCCGCAUCCCCCUUCUCCAUCUUCCUUUCCUCAUCUUCCUACUCCCUCUUCCACUUCCACUCCCAUUCCUCAUUCUCUUCCUUUUACCGCUCACUCUCCUCCUCCGCUUCUCUUUCUGCGCAUCUUCAGGAAUCACGCGCCGCCUGGACUCAGCGCCUCGAGGCGAUCAGCAGUGACCGUACUUUCAAGUGCCCCACAAUCUACAUGGCCCGACAGGUAGUCAAUGAGUAUCGCGGACUCAGCCUGACUCGGCGUUCUGUGACACUGCCCGUCUAUCUUUACGAGUUUCGUAGGCGUACAUCUUCCGUACCACUUCCUCGAUGGAUGGGCACCAUGCAUGGCUACGAGAUCGAGUACGUAUUUGGCAUGCCAUUCAGCCCCGCAUUUCAGCGCGAGUUCUACUCAUUUACACACGAGGAGCGUCAACUGAGUGACGUCAUGAUGCAGUAUUGGGCUAAUUUCGCCAGAACUGGGUGA